AUGGAUCGAGACAUACAGCAUUACAAACCUCGACCCCGUGAUCCAGACAUACAGCAUUACAAACCUCGACCCCGGGAUCGAGACAUACAGCAUUACAAACCUCGACCCAGGGAUCCAGACAUACAGCAUUACAAACCUCGACCCAGGGAUCCAGACAUACAGCAUUACAAACCUCGACCCCGGGAUCGAGACAUACAGCAUUACAAACCUCGACCCCGGGAUCCAGACAUACAGCAUUACAAACCCCGACCCCGGGAUCGAGACAUACAGCAUUACAAACCUCGACCCCGGGAUCGAGAUAUACAGCAUUACAAACCUCGACCCAGGGAUCGAGACACACAGCAUUACAAACCUCGACCCCGGGAUCCAGACAUACAGCAUUACAAACCUCGACCCCGGGAUCGAGAUAUACAGCAUUACAAACCUCGACCCCAGGGGGACAUACAGCAUACAAACCUCGAGAUAUACAGCAUUACAAACCUCGACCCCGGGAUCCAGACAUACAGCAUUACAAACCUCGACCCCGGGAUCCAGACAUACAGCAUUACAAACCUCGACCCCGGGAUCGAGAGAUACAGCAUUACAAACCUCGACCCCGGGAUCCAGACAUACAGCAUUACAAACCUCGACCCCGGGAUCGAGAUAUACAGCAUUACAAACCUCGACCCCGGGAUCGAGAUAUACAGCAUUACAAACCUCGACCCCGGGAUCGAGACAUACAGCAUUACAAACCUCGACCCCGGGAUCGAGAUAUACAGCAUUACAAACCUCGACCCCGGGAUCGAGACAUACAGCAUUACAAACCUCGACCCCGGGAUCCAGACAUACAGCAUUACAAACCUCGACCCCGGGAUCCAGACAUACAGCAUUACAAACCUCGACCCCGGGAUCCAGACAUACAGCAUUACAAACCUCGACCCCGGGAUCGAGAUAUACAGCAUUACAAACCUCGACCCAUGGAUCGAGACAUACAGCAUUACAAACCUCGACCCCGUGAUCGAGAUAUACAGCAUUACAAACCUCGACCCAUGGAUCGAGACAUACAGCAUUACAAACCUCGAUCCCGGGAUCCAGACAUACAGCAUUGCAAACCUCGACCCAUGGAUCGAGACAUACAGCAUUACAAACCUCGACCCCGUGAUCGAGAUAUACAGCAUUACAAACCUCGACCCCGGGAUCCAGACAUACAGCAUUACAAACCUCGACCCCGGGAUCGAGAUAUACAGCAUUACAAACCUCGACCCAUGGAUCGAGACAUACAGCACUACAAACCUCGACCCCGUGAUCGAGAUAUACAGCAUUACAAACCUCGACCCCGGGAUCCAGACAUACAGCGUUACAAACCUCGACCCCGUGAUCGAGAUAUACAGCAUUACAAACCUCGACCCAGGGAUCCAGACAUACAGCGUUACAAACCUCGACCCCGGGAUCCAGACAUACAGCAUUAUCUUCACAUGA